CCUGGGUAAUAAAAAACAGGCAGAACUAAAGCUCAUCGAUUAGAAGUAAAAAUUAUUAUGGAAAAAGAAUACCUAUCAUUCAAAUUGCCCUUUUAUCAUAAAUUUCUAUAGUGUAAUAGUUUUGCGUACUUAUGCUUCCAGGCAGUCAACCACCUUAAAACCGUUAACUAAGUUCAUGCGAGCCGCAGCAAGAAUAUCCUGAUCCUAUGGAAAUCACUCUGAAAUUCUUUGCCAAGGCGAAAGAUCUUACAGGGACUGCUGAAACGAAGUUCCACGUAAAACAGUCAAAUAGCCUUACUGUUGGAUCCUUUUUGCAACAAGUGCACUCAAAAUUUCCAAGGCUCCGUGAACUAAACAACGAAGUAAUUUUGGCGCACAACUUGGAAUUUGUGGAGUUGAAUCCCACUUCCCCUUUUAAUAUCCGGUCAGGUGACGAAAUCGCCUUUUUGCCACCUGUUAGUGGAGGAUAAUUACCGUA